GACCCCCCAAUACCCAUCGAGAGGAAGCUCUUCGUUUAUCCCCACUUUGCACCUCAGGUGAAAUCUGUGACUUCACACUAGAAUACACUUUAGCAGAAAGGAAUAUACGCCACUGAAAAUGGACUCCAUUAGAAGCUCACAAACUACUAAAGCCAUACAACGCAUAUCAGAGUCGGUGUUUGUGGGACUGUGUCAUAAAGUGGGGACCUCGCAACUGGUGGCCAUGAGGAGAGAUGUGGUGGACCUCAGGGAUAUGGUGAUGAAUCGAGGGAAAACAAAUAAAGACCAAAGUGUGAUGAUAAGUGGAAGUUACAGAGAAGGCUUCCGACUGAAAGGAUCAGAUAUGGACUUUAUGCUCUGGCAUAAUGAUCAGCGUAUUAUCUGGGAAUUAUCACAGUCUCAGUAUUACGACACGAACAGACAAUCACUGAUCCUCUGUGACUGUUCUGAUAGUCCACCAGGAUUCACUUUGUUAUAUUUACUGUCACCUAGCAUGGACAGAGACAUGCUUUGGGUUAGUGUUAGAGUGAAUAACAGAUAUUAUGUAUCUAGUUCUAAAUACAGACAGAUCUAUCUAUCUGUAUUGUCACCUGAAUUCAUUCCACAUGGACCCUGUGCCACUCUAACAACAGGAGCAGGGGAAAUUGAUAAUGCCUACUGUUUUGUUUGUGACUUUUGGCCUCCAUCUGCCUCCUCAUGGAUAGACAGAUGUCACUCAUGGCCCCAGCCUCAUGUUGUUGAUGAUAUAGUGAAAAAUGGAUGUCACUUUGUAGCAAUUGGACACAAGCUAGGAAAUCAUGAAGAUCAUGAAUGGACAAUUUCUUUCUCAAAGGCAGAACAUAAACUUGUUUAUGCAAUGAAUCACUGCAACAACAUGUUUUUGAGUAAAAUUCACGGCGUCAAACAACAUCAAUUAAAUAUAAGACUGUCAGAGUUGUAUGGGAAGGGUUUAGCAUUCCUGCUACAUAGUCCCUCCAUUAGAUCUUAUAUUAUAGAUGUCCUCCAUAACCCCAGAAACUCCAUCUGUACAGAUGAUCAUACUCUGAUUUCUGAGGUUGAGUUUGAUAGAUAUCUGUUUAAUGAAUUACUAAAUGAUCGUCUAGGAACACCAGACGAAUGGGACAUACAAAUCUGCAUUAAAUAUCUAUCUUAA